CUGUGCCUGAGAGGAUGAAUAUGCAAACGAAGUUGACGUAACGAUACAUCCUCCUUUUAUCGUCAGCCAGAAAAAAGAUAAACUCCAUAAAGUAAAUAUUGUAAUAUAUACAUUUAAUUCGCAUUAUCUUUAUUAGUUUAAAGAAGAAAAAGCAUGAAUAUUUCAGUUAUUGAGAAUCGUACUUUUUAACGAUCUUUGUUGCGGACUGGUGUGGGCGGAGUCAAGCGGAAGCAAAAUCAAGAUGGCCACCAUCACUGAAAGGAUGGCGCCUGUCUUGGUGCUCUGGCUGGCCGUGUGCCUCAGUGUGACUUGGGCUGUGGACAGGGGCAACUUCAAGACCUGUGACCAGAGUGCCUUCUGCAAGCGUCAGCGAGCGUUGAAGCCUGCUGAGUCUCCCUAUCGAGCCCUGCUGGAGACCAUGGAGCUGACCAACACCAGACUCACGCUGCAGCUCAUCAAUGAUAACAAUAAGGUGCGUCUGCUGCUUGAGCUCUACCGUCUCCAGGGAAACAUGACAAGGGUGAAGAUUAACGAGCUCAAGCCGCUUAAGCCUCGCUAUGAGGUCCCAGAUGUGCUCAUCAGGGAGCCGCCUACUGAGCCCCUGUCUCUCUUGUCUCAGGACGAGAAUGGGGUCGUGCUGUCCCUGGGGGCGGAGUCUCAGAGGGUCAUCGUCAGCGCCCGGCCCUUCCGAUUGGACAUCAUGGAAGGGCGAGACGUGUUGAUGUCGCUGAACUCGCGUGGCCUGCUGGCCUUUGAGCACCUGAGGAUGCGCAAGGACACUUUCUCCUAUAAAGUAACUAGCACAGUGGCUAGCGUGUGGGAUAAUAUCAAGAGGGUAUUCUCUAGUCAGGUAGAGCCAGAGGCCGAGAAGAAAGAGGAGGGUGAUCCGGCAAACCAGUCCGAGACCACAAAAGAAGAGGAAGAGAAAGUAGAAGACGGGAUGUGGGAGGAAACAUUUAAAUCACACUCAGACAGCAAACCAAAUGGUCCAUCUGCUGUUAGUUUAGACUUUUCGUUGCCGGGUGUGGAGCACGUCUACGGCAUCCCAGAACACGCAGAUACCCUCAGACUCAAAACAACGGAUAAUGGAGAUCCAUAUCGGCUUUAUAACCUGGAUGUGUUCCAGUACGAGCUGUAUAACCCUAUGGCCCUUUAUGGCGCUGUCCCAGUCAUGUUGGCCCACAACGCCCAGCGGACCACAGGCAUCUUCUGGCUCAAUGCCGCUGAGACCUGGGUGGAUAUUAGCUCCAACACAGCUGGAAAGACUGUGUUUGGAAAAAUGCUAGAUUAUGUUCAAGGCUCCAGUGAGACUCCACAGACAGACGUGCGUUGGAUCUCUGAAAGCGGCAUCAUUGAUGUCUUCAUUAUGCUUGGGCCAACACCCAACGAUGUCUUCUCUCAGUAUGCCUCCCUCACAGGCACCCAGUCCUUCCCUCCCCUAGCUGCUGUGGGCUACCACCAGUGCCGCUGGAACUACAAUGACCAGGAAGACGUGACUUCAGUGGAUGCUGGCUUUGACGAGCACGACAUCCCCUAUGACUAUAUCUGGCUUGAUAUCGAGCACACGGAUGGCAAGCGCUACUUCACCUGGGAUCCACACAAGUUUGCGACACCAAAGGAAAUGCUGCAGGGUCUCAUGGACAAGAAACGCAAGAUGGUGGCCAUUGUGGAUCCUCAUAUCAAAGUAGACAGCAAUUACAAGAUCCAUAAUGAAAUCCGCUCUCGGGGAUUCUAUAUCAAGAAUAAAGAUGGUGGAGACUACGAGGGCUGGUGCUGGCCUGGUAGUGCCGGCUAUCCAGAUUUCACCCGUGCAGACAUGAGAGAAUGGUGGGCCAGCAUGUUCGCCUACGAUCAGUAUGAGGGUUCCAUGGAGAAUCUGUAUACGUGGAACGACAUGAAUGAGCCGUCAGUCUUUAACGGGCCAGAGGUGACAAUGCACAAGGACGCUGUGCACGGAGCCUGGGAGCACCGUGACGUGCACAACUUAUAUGGCUUCUAUGUGCAAAUGGCCACAGCGGAGGGUCUGAUCCAGAGGUCAGGAGGAGUUGAGCGACCCUUUGUUCUGACCAGAGCCUUCUUUGCCGGGUCGCAGCGCUACGGUGCUGUGUGGACAGGAGAUAAUGCUGCUGAGUGGGAGCAUCUGAAGAUCUCUAUCCCCAUGUGUCUGAGUCUGGGCCUGGUUGGAAUCUCUUUCUGUGGUGCUGACGUUGGUGGUUUCUUCAAGUCUCCGAGCACUGAGCUGCUGGUGCGUUGGUACCAGACGGGGGCGUACCAGCCGUUCUUCAGGGCCCACGCCCACCUGGACACCCCCCGCCGCGAGCCCUGGCUGUUCGGUCCGGAAAACACGGCGCUGAUCCGUGAAGCGGUGCGCCAGCGCUACGCCCUCCUGCCCUACUGGUACCAGCAGUUCUACCACGCACACCGCACUGGACAGCCCAUCAUGAGACCACUUUGGGUGGAGUACCCUCAGGAUCCAGCUACUUUCGCUCUGGAUGACGAGUUCUUGAUCGGUAGAGACCUGUUGGUGCACCCAGUUACUGAGGAGGGAGCCAGGGGAGUCACCGCCUACCUGCCUGGCAAAGGCGAGGUUUGGUUUGACGUUCAAACCUUCCAGAAGCACAACGGGGCCCAGAACCUUUACAUCCCUGUCACCAUGAGCUCUAUUCCAGUGUUCCAGCGUGGCGGCUCCAUUAUUCCCAAGAAGAUUCGAGUUCGCAGGGCCUCCUCAUGCAUGAUGCACGAUCCCUACACUUUAUAUGUGGCUCUUAACCCCCAGAGAACUGCAGAGGGUAAGCUCUACAUAGAUGAUGGCCACACCUUCAACUAUGAAAAGAAGGAGUUCAUCCACAGGAGGCUGUCCUUCACCAACAACAUCCUCUCUUCUGUUAACUUGGCUCCAGAUGCCCAGUUUACCACCCAAUCCUGGAUUGAACGCAUUGUCAUACUGGGAGCCAGUAAGCCCAGCACGGUGACCCUGAAGACUGCUGAUGGUAAGGAGAGCCAACUAGAGUUUGACUUUGACGCCUCCAUGUCUGUGUUGACGCUCCGCAAGCCCGGCAUGAACGCAGGGGUAGACUGGAACGUGAUGCUUCAGUAACCAUGGAGACAGGAAAGGAAGAGCAGGAGUAGAAAAUGACUAAACUGGACUGAACAGGAGAGAGAGAGAGAGAGAGAGAGAGGGAGGAAGGAAAAGGCACAAGGCGCUGAUGCUCAUGACUAACUACAGCAAGACAACAGGAUAGCCAUCAU